AUGAAGAUCAUCGUUUUGACGAUUCUGGUUGUCAUCUACUGUUUAACCGCCAAUGUGAUCCUACACUACUCAGCUCUUAUCAAUGGGGCUCGUUCGAAAGACGGUCCUGUGGUCGGCCACGACAAUGGGGAACGUUUUCUCCUCAAUAGACAACUCAAUCGAUGCACCGGUCGUUCGAAAUGCAGUGCACCCAAACGAGGUCCUGAGAUCGCCAAGAGAGAGUCUCUGGCCUCCUUCCACAAUUACACUGUUUAUCGACGCAUGAUUCUACCCACUCCGCAAAACAUAGAUAGUUACAUCGUGGAAGAAACUGGAAAAGCUCAGCCAGUCGUUUGGCCCCAGACAGAUCGGAACGAGGAAAAGACCGAGUACGACAUCAACACUUCAGUCUUUGACGAGUUCAAAUUCUAUCAGAACGACGAACUGAGUGAAAUGGCUGUGAAAUUGAAAGGCUGUACGAUGUUGGUUAUUGUCAGCCGUAGGGGUGCAUGGUUAGGGCAUUUUUGGGAGAACAUUUCAUUUGCUACAGACGAUACCCAUCAAUUUUGGGGAAAAUAUAACGAAGACCAAGACAAGAUUUUCGAAGAAUCGGUCAUCAAAGGCAUGAGAAACGGUAAAGGAAGUGGCAAAAACAAAGAACAAGACUCUUUGCGGCUAGCUGCAUCAAAGUUCGACGACGACCACAUAAAGGCAUAUCUUGUUCAUCCGUCUUCAAAUUGGGAGGAAAAUGGCGACUAUCGAGAGUACUGGGAUCGGAUGAAGGCUGAAGCAGUCACUCACCUUCCGAAACUCAACCGUCCAGUUCGGUGGGUUGAGCAUUCAUACGAGCCUACAGAAGAUAUGGAAUUACUCGAAGACACAGCAAGAGGGAGACUGCUGUUCAAGUAUGAUGCGAAACAUAGCCUACAAACCCCACGAAAUCUGGCCACUUUGUGGAGCGAGACCACGGAGUUGCACAGAGAUGUCUUAUAG